ACAAAAAUGGCAGCCUCCAUGGCGAAGAAGGAAGGCAGUAUGUUUUCAAUCAGCCUUUUGAAGCGAUUCCUCUUUGAUCCGGAUUCGUCGUGGAUGAUUAUGAUUCUCUUACUUCUGGCCGAGGUUGCUGUCAAUGUUGUCGUCAUCGACAAAGUCAAAUACACAGAAAUAGACUGGAUUGCAUAUAUGCAGGAAGUCGGCGGGGUACUGAACGGCACAUACGACUACAUGAAGCUGAAAGGGGACACCGGACCUCUUGUGUACCCAGCGGGGUUUGUGUACAUCUACAGCUUUUUUUACUAUGUGACUGAAAAGGGCACAGAUCUCAAGACUGGACAGUACAUCUUCGCAGCCUUAUACCUGCUGACGCUGAUUGUCGUCUUUGAUAUUUACAGACACACCAGGAAGGUCCCUCCGUACAUGUAUGUGUUCAUGUGCUGCACAUCAUACAGGAUACAUUCCAUCUUCAUCCUGCGACUCUUCAAUGAUCCAGUUGCCAUGCUGUUGUUGUACAUGUCCGUGGCCCUCUUCCUUCGAGACCACUGGAUGGUUGGCUGCCUCUUCUACAGCCUGGGUGUGUCUGUGAAGAUGAACCUGUUGCUGUUUGCGCCUGCGGUCUUCCUGCUGUUAAUGAUCCGACACGGCACGCUGGGCACCAUACUCCGCCUGGCUAUAUGUGCUGUCACUCAGCUGUCGCUGGGCUUCCCAUUUCUGAUGGAGAACCCGGUGGGGUAUAUCAGCAGAGCGUUUGAUCUGGGCAGGCAGUUUUUCUUCAAAUGGACAGUAAACUGGAGGUUUCUCCCAGAAGAAAUAUUUCUUAACCGAAAUUUUCAUGUGGCGCUGUUAGCGGGUCAUGUGUUGCUGUUGGUGGUGUUCUUCAUCAUCAAGUGGAGAAAGCUAUUCCCAAGUACAUUAUUUGGCUUCUUCAUGAAAAAUAGAACAAGGAAUUUUUCUCCAGAUCAGAUUAUAUUGCCUCUUUUUACUGCCAACUUCAUUGGAGUGAGUUUUAGUCGCUCUCUCCACUACCAGUUUUAUGUGUGGUACUUCCACACUCUACACUACCUCCUGUGUUCCACGUCAUUACCGGGGGUCUUACGGAUUCUUGUGCUUGGUCUGAUUGAGUUGUGUUGGAACACCUACCCAUCCACAGCAAUGAGCAGUGCCACCUUGCACUGCUGCCACGCCGUGGUCAUCGGCGGACUUCUGUUAAACUUCCGCUCGGACAAGAAAACAGAAUGAAAAAGUUAACAGACUAUUCAUCUAAAUAAUACAUCCAAAGAUUUGAGGAGAGAGUUGAUAGAAUGGUGACAUUAAAAUGUUACAUCAAUGAA